AACUGUUCUUCGAAACGCAACGUUUGCAAGUAUUAAAGGGGAAAAAAAUAAAAUUUAACAAUAAUGUCCGACGAUGAAAGUUACAUAAGCAGAGAUCCGUAUUCGCUGGAGGCGAAACUUAUUAAUAAAUCGCAGCGGGAACUGGAAGAUGGAACUGAAAAGGAUCCUUUAACAAAAUUACGGUUAUUAUGCUUGACACGUGGCGCUCGUGGUAUCGUGGGUCUGGGAAGGGUCUUUCGGAUUAUGGACGAUGAUGGUAGUAAAACAUUAAAUGUAGAGGAAUUUUCAGACGGCAUAAAAGAAUGUGGAUUAAAUGAACUCACUGAGGAAGAAAUUGAAGGCUUGUUUUCAAGUUUCGACGAAGACGGCAGCGGCACUAUAGAUAUGACAGAGUUUUUAUUGAAACUACGGCCACCAUUGCCUCAAUGUCGUCUAGACAUUAUUGAUCAGGCUUUCAUGAAAAUGGAUAAAAACGAAGACAACUUUAUUACAGUGGACGACUUGAAAAAUGUUUAUUCGGUAAGAGAGCAUCCAAAGUACCAAAGCGGGGAAAAAACUGAGCAAGAAUUGCUUACGGAAUUUUUGAACAGUUUUGAAGGUAAUCGUGGCAAUAACGACGGCACUGUAAGUAUAAAUUUUUGUACUAUAAACAGAAAUGUGUGCUUUAUUCAUCUAUUUUUGGCUAAACAUUUUCCCCUCCCCUCUCUUUGCAAUGUUACUUCGAAAUAGAUAACCAAGGAGGAAUUUGUUAAUUAUUACGCCGCGAUAAGUGCAUCCAUUGACAA